GACGGGCCUGGCCGCUUCUCGCGUACGAGCGCCUGCGUCCUCCCGCGGUCCCUGGGCGGCCGGUGGAGGAGGCCGCGGGCCCGAGGUGGGGCUGCGUCGGGCGGUUCCUGGAGCUGAGGGAGUCCUGGGCCGGGCCGGGCCUGCGGCGCCAUGGAGUCCUGGGUGCGCUUCAGCGCCCAGAGCCAAGCCAAGGAGCGGGUCUUCAGGGCUGCGCAGUACACCUGCACCCUCCUGGGCUACAUGCUGCAGAAGAAUGGGGCCAGCCCGGACUUCCUUGCUCGGAUCAAGCAGCUGGAGGCUCACCUGAGUUUAGGGCGCAAGUUGUUCCGGCUGGGGAACUCUGCCGACGCCCUGGAGGCGGCCAAGCGGGCCAUCCACCUGUCGGACAUGGUUCUUCGCUUCUGCAUCACCGUGAGCCACCUCAACCGUGCCAUGUACUUCGCCUGCGACAAUAUUCUGUGGGCAGGGAAGUCAGGCCUCGUCCCACACCUGGACCAGGAGAAGUGGGGCCAGCGCUCAUUCAGGUAUUACCUCUUUGCCCUGAUCCUGAACCUGAGCCGGGACGCCUACGAGAUCCGGCUGCUGAUGGAGCGGGAGGCGAGCGGGAAGUGCCGCAGCGGUGGUGGCGGCAGUGGGGACGGUGGCUCCGUGCCUCAGGAAGACAGCCGGCUCCAGCAACUGGCAGUCCGGCUGAAGCUGCAGCUCCGCCUCCUGGGGCACGUGCUGAGAAGCAACCCGCCCCUGCUGCUGGACGUGGUGAAGAACGCCUGCGACAUCUUCAUCCCCUUGGACAGGCUGGGCCUGUGGAAGACGGGCGCGGGGUUCGUGGGGCUCUGCGGCACGGCCUCUUCCGUCCUUUCCAUCCUGGCCAUUGUCCACCCGUGGCUGAAGCUGAAGCCGUGAGGGGGCUGGAGGGGCGUGCCGGCCUUCCUCCCCCGGCGGCUCCGUCUGGGCCCAGAGACCUGACUAGCAGCCGACGGGGCCCUUUUGCUGGAACACUUUCCUUGGAACUCACUAGGGUCUCGGGCUUUUUUGGAUUUUGGGGGCAUCUCUUGUGCGGUUUGUUGGGGGAGGCCAGCAAGUGGAGGCCUGGACUCCUUGAGCCCCCUGGCCCGCUGAAUGGCUGUCCCUCUGUGCAGAGGGCCCCCAGACGGACUCUGUCCCCCCGGGUCUGCAUCCCCCUUUCCUGCUCCUCAGCCUGUCCCUCCACCAAUCCCCCACUCGCCCAGCUGUCCUUUGAACUCCCCCAGGCCCUGGGGGCGCCUCUUUCCUUGCUCUGGUGUUCACGCCGGGAGGCGACUGGAGCUGAGCCCUGACUUGCCCGGGGUAUGAGAGGGGUGGGGCCCUGGCUUGUCCUGGUGGAGGAGGGAUGGUCGGCUUCAUGGGCAUGGCAGCCAAGCAGAGGGGCAGGUGGGAAGAGGCCCCGAUCUGUGCAGCGCCCGCGCCACCUCUCGCUGUGUAGCAAGUGGCUGAAGGGAGCCGCAGCUGCGGGGACAGGGGUGUGCCUGAACCGAAGCGUAUGGGGACCCGGUUCUGCUGCUCGGAGCGCGCACGGGCCCUGCUUGGAGGCCAGGAGGUCUGCGCCCCGCUCAAGCCACGCGUGCACACAAGACGUGCGACUUCCUGGCACCCACCUCAUCUUCCGUGUGCUAAACCCGUUUAACGGUUGACUUGUAAGAAUUGCCCCCAGCUUCCUUUCUAAUAAAAAAUCACCACCACCAAUAA